GGUUUUUUUCCUUUGAUUCAAGUGACUGAACUAUGUAAACUGUGGGUGACAACUAAAUCUGCAUUUCAUGUAGAAUGGUCAUCAUAAGCGUCUGUUUGCCAUAUCUGAAUAAUAUUGAAAUCAUCUAGCAAUUUAAGUGUGUUUCAUGGUUUUGCUCAAUAGGUACAAAAGGUCUUAACUUCAGCCCGAAUUUGUGAUCAUCAAGUGUUUGUUUUCUGAUUUAUGCUGGUGUGAUAUUCUGUGUUUGAAGUUUAAGUCAUAAAGGGUCUUGCCGAUCAUGACCUUAUUGUUAUGGAAUUCCCUCUGUCCAUUAUAGAGGCAAGCAAGGAGACUACUAUAUCUUAGUCAUGGACAUGCUUGGCCCAAGUUUAUGGGAUCUUUGGAACACUAAUAACCAAAUGUUGUCUGAAGAUACAGUUGCUUGUAUAGCAGUGGAGGCUAUAUCAAUUCUAGAACAGGUUCAUUUCAAAGGUUUUGUGCAUGGAGAUGUUAAACCUGAAAACUUUUUGCUUGGUCUGCCCGGAACACCUAAUGAGAAGAAGUUGUAUCUUAUUGAUCUUGGUUUGGCAUCAAAAUGGAGAGAUUCAUCAUCUGGUCGUCAUGUUGAAUAUGACCAAAAGCCGGAUGUUUUCAAGAAUGACUUCAAGAGGGAGCAUGAAGUGGAAUUGCUGCCAACUUCUUUAUAUAUGUAAAUAUGAACUA